AUGGUCAAGCGGCUUUUGGGUUUGUCAUUAGAGAUGAGGAAGGAAAAAAUGCUGUGUGGGGCUGGGAGUCUUGAUAAUUCAGACUCCAUUCUGUUGGCAGAGGCCAAGGGGUUGCAGGAAGGUAUUAGAGGAGCUAAGUCCCUGGGUAUUUCAAAUAUUAUUGUUGAAGGUGAUAACUUGGUUGUCAUCAAUUCAAUUAGAAAACUGUGGAAAAUCCCUUGGAUAAUCAAGUCCAUUAUCUUAGAUACAGAAAAGGAACUUGCUAAUUUUGAUGAGGUUCAAAUUUAUCAUGUUUUCAGGGAAGCAAAUAUGGCUGUUGACUGGAUGGCGCAUCGUGGGCAAGUGACGGCUCUCACCACCUACUGGUUUGAUGUUCCUGAUUUACCUUUUGCUUUAAUCAUCCGUAAGGAUGCUUUAGGGUGGCCCAAAUCUUGGGAUCCACCUUAG